AUGGAUCCAAUAAAAUACUUGUUUGAAAAGUCGGCGUUGACUGGAAGAGUUGCCCGCUGGCAAAUGUUAUUAUCAGAGUACGACAUCCAAUAUCGUGCCCAAAAAGCCAUUAAAGGAAGUAUUUUAGCCGACCAUUUGGCCUCCCAACCUAUUGAUGAUGAUCAAUCUUUACAAGACGAUUUCCCAGAUGAAGAAAUCAUGUAUUUGAAAUCAAAAGAUUAUGAGGAACCUUUACAUGAAGAAGGACCUGAUCCUGAAUCCCGAUGGGGUUUAAUAUUUGAUGGAGCUGUUAAUGCUUAUGGUAGAGGAAUUGGGGCAAUCAUUGUCAUGCCACAAGGUUCUCAUGUCAAAGGAGAAUGGGAAACCCGUCAUCCUGGUUUAAUUCCUUAUAGAGAUUAUGCCCGAAGACUGCUAACCUUCUUCAACAAAGUUGAAUUCCAUCACAUACCUCGUAAGGAAAAUCAAAUGGCAGAUGCAUUGGCUACCUUAGCUUCCAUAUAUCAAGUGAAGUUUCCAAAUGAAGUUCCUAAAAUUACAAUCAUGCGCCUGGAUAGGCCUGCUCAUGUAUUCGCUGCUGAAGUUGUCACGGAUGACAAGCCGUGGUUUUAUGACAUCAAAAUCUUCUUACAAAAACAAUAG